GUUGUUGAUGAUGACUUACUAUACAAGAGAGGCCAGUGAGUGAAGGAAACGACAUUAACCUAGAUCAAGGGCACUAGCACUAAAAAUAGAUGAUUGUGAUCCUGGUCCAUCUAGCUUAGAGUUUGGUAUACUUAGGUUUGUCUUUGGUCAUUCACUGCUCCACCAACUUGUGUUUAAGGUGAUGUUCGUUAGAGAUAUAUACAUGAGAUCUUCAUCCCUUGCAAUAGAUACGGCGCGAAGAAAUGGGAGACAGAAUGGAAAGGCUUGUCAUUCUUCCUUUCUCUUUUGGUUGUGUCUCUGAGGCCAGUGUUGUUGUAGGUAGUCCUCAUCCAAGAAGAUCAAGAUCAGACACUGAUUCACCAACUGCAGCAACAAAAGGACCAAAAGGUGACAAGGAUAUUUCAGAGAGUUUGUCUGGUGAAAGCAUGAGGAACUUGCUGAGGUUUCAUGAGGAUGUCCAGAAAUCUAAAACAUUCCUUAGCUUCAAUAGGCUGUUGAAGGGUUUCAAGAACAUUCCUCAGUUGUUUGUGAAUAAAGAGGAGGAGUUGGAAGAGGUGGAAAUGGACAUGGAAAUAGGGUGCCCAACAAAUGUGCAGCAUGUGACACACAUUGGUUGGGAUGGUUUUGCCGCAACAGAAACUGUAACAUCUUCUGACUCCUUGCGUCUCCCUUUACAGCACUGCGAGUUUUCAAACUUGAAACCAAAACCUGGAACAUCAUCUUGAUCUUCUCCAUGAAACAAUCUCCCAAUAAUUAGUUAUUUAUUAUAUAUAUAAAACUUGAAAGAAGCGUAUCUGGCAGGAUUUCGUUGUAGAGAUAUACAAAUAUAUCUUAUGAGUUGGCAUUAAAUUUGUGGAAAUUAAGUGUGAGAUGACUAUUUCUGUUUGUGAUUAAUCAAAGUACGUCCAUACAAAAGCACCAAUUUUUAGCU